CAGUUACUCACUUCGGAUUACCCCUGCUCUUGAAAAAAUGAAGAUAAGGCCUAAUUAGUUACGUUUUUGUUGUUGUUUUUUUACUUUUCGGACGACGCAAUUGAUAUAAAAAAGAAGUAAACAUAAAUAUGUAGCCAUUAAUGAGCUGACAUCGGUCCUUUACCCCACCAAAAAUAAAGAUGAGGCCAUGUCCUUGUUAUCGACCGUGAAAACUGUACCAGAACUUCUAGGAAUGGCUUAAGGCCUGCUGUGUCUUCGACUUGGACAGAAGGCAGUUGUAGAUAUUAUUUGUUUCCAAGCGUUAUAUUUUAUUUCUGGAAAUUGGAAAUCUUUUGACUGGCCAGAAGAGACGACUAGAACAAGAUGGCAUCGACCACGGGUCAUCUAGCUCUAGCCAGAUUACUGAACUUCUCUAUCUACGAUCAUCUAUCAUCUUCAGAAGAACACCAGGCUUCCAGUGUACAACACCUUCCGAGGGACGUGCGUCAGUUGAACGCGUCCAUUCAGAGAUUCGGGUUACCCCCCUUUCGGUCAAUGUUAUAUGUUACUCCUACAAAUGAUUCAUUCUCUCAUUCUCCUACCGUUUCGAAUAUUGUGGAUAUCUAUCCUGAAAGUAACUACUCCUGGUUUUCAAAUACGACAGAGUUUAGUUUCGAAACGACUGGCUCCAGAGGCGUGUCCCUGUAUUCUUUAUCAGAAGUUAUCCUUAUCGCUAUUGUAGCUGGGGCUUUAAGUCUUGGAACUGUAGUAGGAAAUAUAAUGGUUAUGAUUUCUUUCAAGAUGGACAAACAACUUCAAACCAUCAGUAACUAUUUUCUACUUAGUCUUGCGAUUGCAGAUCUGUGGAUCGGUCUCAUUUCUAUGCCAUUAUUCACUAUGUAUACAUUACUAGGCUUUUGGCCGCUAGGACCAAUGAUUUGUGAUACUUGGCUAGCUUUUGACUACCUGAACAGCAACGCAUCUGUUCUCAAUUUGCUCAUCAUUAGUUUUGAUAGAUACUUCUCUGUCACACGACCUCUGACCUACCGAGCAAGAAGAACCACCAAGCGUGCGGCUUUUAUGAUUGCAUGUGCUUGGGUUAUAUCCCUUGUGUUAUGGCCACCUUGGAUUUAUUCAUGGCCAUAUAUUGAAGGACAGAGAAAAGUGGCUGAAGGUGAGUGUUUCAUUCAGUUUCUUGAAACCAAUCUCUACGUGACCUUUGGUACAGCUAUUGCGGCCUUUUAUCUUCCUGUAACAGUAAUGUGUAUUCUUUACUGGAGAAUCUGGCGGGAAACAGAACAGCGCAAAAAGGAUUUAACUCAUCUUCAAGCAGGAAAGAAGGAUGACAGCAAGAAGUCGUCCUCCAGCGACGAACAAGGAGAAGGCGAUGAAUGUCAAAGAGCACGUAGCGACUCGUGCAUAGCGGAUAAGACUACUUAUGUUCCCACUUCAUUCUGUGUCGAUCCACCAAAACAACCUCCGAUUCAAGAAAAAUCUCGUCCACAGAAAGUAAAAGAAGCAUUUAUGACUUGCUGCAAGAUCGACCGAGACGCAGAUGGCCAAGAUGAUGACAGCACUAGUCACGGAUCUCCGGGAGCUGUUACACCGGCUUCCGCUGAAACUCCAAUUCAAUCUUCACGAACUACAUCAAUGACUUUCCAGGCCUGUCAACGGCGGGAAACAGAUAUACCACUUACUGAUCGGAAUGGUCCAAGGAGACCCGAAAGCAUGGUUGGUUCAUCUACUCAUCCAUCAUCCUCUUGCUCCUUUUCAUCAGAUGCCAUCUAUACCAUCCUCAUCCGUCUCCCUACCCAGCCUUCCAUAGAAGGAGAAGGGGAGUCUCAAGCUUCCAUUAAGAUGAUUCUAGAAGAAGACGAGGUAGAGGCAGAAACUAGCAUGCAACUAGUUCGUGCCUCAGGAAGUUUGGGAGCUCUAGCUGUCCAACGUCCAACUAACCUAAAAGUUGAAGUUCAAUUCACUCCGUACUUCGGAGUCAGCACUAGAGACAAUCCGCUUACCGUUGAACACCAAACUUAUUCACAAACAAGUUGCAAAGCACCGUGCACCCAAGAAAAAGCGAAAACAUCAAGAGCGAAAACAAGAGAAGAAAGCAGCCAAAACUUUAAGUGCUAUUUUAUUGGCUUUUAUUGUAACAUGGACACCUUACAAUGUGUUAGUUUUAGUAAAAACUCUGUCGCCAUGUGCCGAUGAUGGCUGUAUUCCAGAAGGCUUAUGGAACUUUGCUUAUUAUUUAUGCUAUAUUAACAGCACAAUAAAUCCACUGUGUUACGCCCUCUGUA